AUGGCUGGCAAGAAGAGGGAACGCAACACCCUGCUACAACUCAACUCCCGUGGAGUGAAAGCGAAGGAGACGACUUUCCCGCUGGACAUGGCACCAAAUUCUAUUGAUGACAAAUACGAUGGCUGCAGAGACGAAGCCUUUAAGAGGGUGGAUGGCUACUACCUCCCACAUGAGAAAAACACCACCACUAACUUCAUAAGAGCCUGGGACAUAGCAGAGAAACAUGCAUCCAUUCCAAAAGAUGGUCUGCAAAAAUUGCAUUCCGUCUCUAUGUAUUCGUACACAAAUAACAAACCCCAACCUCCAUCCGAAUCCAUCUACCUAGACUUCAACGAAGCAGUUAGAGAAGGCAGAUAUGGGUAUGGAAGAUCAUUCCAGUACCAUUCCCUGCACUUCUAUCUAACUGACGUCAUUCAGAUUCUCAAACAAAGUCAAACAUGUAGGACCACCUACCGUAGAACCAAUGUGUAUUUUGAUCGAAAUGUUCUAAACAAAGAGAUCCGUUUCGGAUUCUUUGCCUCCAGUUCUUUAAAUAAGUCAUUACAUAUGUUUGGCAACACGUCCUGCUUUGAGAUCAACACAUGUUUCGAUGCUAACCUGACAUAUUACUUUGCCUAUAUCAAUGAGAGUGAGGUUUUAAUCCCAUCCUAUGAGGUCUUUAGAAUCACUGCUGUCCAGACAAACACGUGGUGUGAUGUCGUCUACACACUAAAUAGCACCGGAAUAUCGAAGAGCAACAUGAACUGCAGAUGGGUUUACAAUGGAGCAGAAUCAAAUCUGAGAAGCAGCUUUUAUACAUUCAUCAGAGCAUCGGAUACAGACUACAUAAUGCUCUUUACUAUGUUGAUAAUUAUUGUAUUUCACUGA